AAUCAAAUCAUAUAAAAACAUAUUAACGGUUUUUAUGUAUUUUUGAUGGCUAACCCUUUUCUCCUUAAGCAACAGCACUCCAUGCAAUAGAGUGUCAAAACAAAGCAAAACAAAACAAAAACAAAAACAAAAACUUGCCCAUGUACUCCUGAACUUAAAAUUAAAGGUUUUUGUUUGUUUAAUUUUUUUUAAGAAUAGGUUUUACGUAAAAUCAUGUACUAGGAAAAGGAUGGUGGCUAUGUAUCUUAUUGACAUGGUAAUACUUGAGAUAAGACUUGAAGGAAAAAUGAGAGAAGUCUAAACAAAGACACAGAAUAGAAUAUUCCAGGCAGAAAGGCAGGGUUCUCUGCGUUUCUCUCCCAUAAAUGUGAUUUAGAUAAAAUCUGAUCCAUCAGCCCACGCUUGAAUCAGUGGAGCAUGGAAAAUAGUUAUGUUCCCAACGAACAUUACAAACCAAAGUUGACUUCCAGCCCCUUCAGGGCAGUAGAACAUAUUUUAAUCAAUGCCCCUUGAUAAAAGAGCUUGAUUCCAGCUACUGCACUUCCUUCAUCAGCUCUCCCCUGAUGCCUGGAGCCAUGAAAAUAUUUUUCUUUAUUUUUGCUGCUCUCAUUCUUCUUGCUCAAAUUUUCCAAGCCAGGACAGCAAUUCAUAGAGCACUAAUUUGUAAGAGAAUGGAAGGUCACUGUGAAGCUGAAUGUCUUACCUUUGAAGUAAAGAUUGGGGGCUGUAGAGCUGAAUUAACACCAUAUUGCUGCAAAAAGAGAAAGAAAGAUUAAAAACUAAGCACCAGCUGCAAGAAUGAAAGAGGUGAAGAUUCUCUGGCUGCGAUAUCAGUGGGACAAAUCUCUCUGCACCGUCUCUCUUUGAUCUGCAAAGUUUGGAUUAUCUGAAACCAUGUCAGUCCAGCUUCCAAUGCUACAAGGAGAUACCCUUCCUAGGCUGUGAACUUCUUCCAGGCAGACACUAUAUCUUGUUGACCUCUGCACUGUCAAUUCCUGACACAGGGCCUAUUCAUGAUUUUUUUCACUUUAUAAAAAAGUGAGCCAUUGAAUAAAUAGAUAAAACAGAUGGAAUGGAAUGGUUGGACUGGCACUCAGGUGAAUUGAGUUCUAAAGUUAUAGCUCUGGCUUUAAACAGUUGUAGGACACUGGGCCCUCUGUGCCAAGAUUCUGAUAUCUAUAAUGUGAGCAGAUUGAACCUCUCAGUAAAGGGAAUACCUGCCAGAUGCUAAUUGUGGCUGCUUCAGCAGUAUCACUGUCAUGUACUCCUUUCUCUCUUUUAUAGGUAGGAAUUGUUUAGAGUCUUGUUCAUUUACCUGUUAGAUCUAAAACAUCAAGUUUUAGAAUGAAAUGCACCCAUAUCAAAAUUCAAGUUGACUGCAGGUGGAGCAAUAUCUUCAUUCUGGCCAUUUGCAGUGAGAAUGGAUCAAAUCAUGGGUUUCUAAAGCAGUAAGUUCCCUAAAGGUCAUCGAAUUCAAUGCCCUUAUUACAAAUGAGGAGAGUGAGACUCAGGAAGGUUAUACAGUUACUGACUUAGUCACAUUUCUAUUCCAACUUUGGGCUUUCUGGACUUGCCUGCUUAGCAUGUCCACAAAAUAGCAUGCUGGAGGGUAACAGAACAACAAAAGGCAAUCCUAAAGAUGGAACGUUUCUCAGCGUGUUCAGGUGAACAGUUAAAUGGAGGAAGAAAUGGAAACAAACUGAAAAAGAAAACAUAGAAAGAAAAAAUAAAAAGACACUUUCUAAAAUCUCUGUUGUGAUCCUGCAAUCCCUGCCCUUUCAGAUGAUAACAAUGAUAACAAUGGCAAACCGAGGCUUGCCUUUUCCCUAAUUUGCCAACAUUUGGAGUCCCAGCUUUCGAGCAGAGGAAAGCAUGUAUCACAGACUAUUUCAUCAUAGAAGUCUUAUAGCACAUCCUCCCAGAACAGAAGCAGCAAAAUCCCUCUGCGCUGCUCCAGAAAAUUCUCUUCUCUAUUCAAUUAAGCUGGCUUCUUAUACAGAUGCAAAUAAAAGAGAAAAAAUAUCUGGAAUAAGACAAUGUGCAAAAUGUUUUAA